AUGGCGUCUUACGUGGAUAAUAGCUUUCGUCAGGCGGUGAUGAUGAACCCGGCUGAAAGAACGCAACAGGACCUUGAAAUUGUGUAUUCCUACCUGCAUGGGAUGGAGGCCUUGUCAAACCUAAGGGAACACCAGCUGAGGAUGAUGUGUGAAACUGUGCGCUAUGAAAGACAUGAAGCGAAUGAAGUUCUCUAUUAUCCUGAUGACAUUGGGAGCUGCUGGUACAUCCUGCUCUCUGGGUCUGUGUUCAUCAAAGAGUCCAUGUUCCUGCCUCGGUCCAGUUUUGGCAAGCGCUCGGCCGGGAGUCUGCGGCGCGGAUGCGAGUGCAUCGUUCUGGAGCCGUCCGAAAUGAUUGUGGUGGACUAUAUGGAUGAGAAUGAGGAGUAUUUCCAGCGGCAGGCAUCGCACAGACAGUCCCGCCGGAGGUUUCGCAAGAUCAACCAGAAGGGCGAGCGACAGACCAUCAUAGACACGGUGGACCCCUACCCUACCGGCAAGCCCCCCAUCGCUCGCGGAUAUCACACGGAAUGUGUUAAAUCUCAGCUCCCAGCAGAUUUCAGCAGACUGCACCUGGCUGACGGAAUCCACCCCCAGGUGACGCACGUCUCCUCCAGCCACUCAGGAUGUAGCAUCACUAGUGACUCUGGGAGCAGCAGCCUGUCUGACAUCUACCAGGCCACAGAGAGCGAACCCGGCGACAUGGACCUGAGCGGGCUGCCCGAAACGGCUGUCGACUCCGAGGAGGACGACGAUGAAGAAGAUAUCGAACGCGCGUCAGAUCCUUUGAUGAGUCGCGACAUCGUCCGAGACUGCCUAGAAAAAGACCCCAUGGACCGCACAGAUGAUGACAUAGAGCAACUGCUGGAGUUCAUGCACCAGCUGCCAGCCUUCGCCAACAUGACCAUGUCUGUCAGGAGGGAGCUGUGUGCCGUCAUGGUCUUCGCCGUGGUGGAGAGGGCGGGCACCAUUGUCCUUAACGACGGAGAGGAGCUUGACUCGUGGUCGGUCAUUCUGAACGGCUCUGUGGAGGUGACGUAUCCCGAGGGGCGCUCGGAGAUCCUCUGCAUGGGCAACAGUUUCGGCGUCUCCCCCACCAUGGAGAAAGAGUAUAUGAAGGGGGUGAUGAAGACCAAGGUGGAUGACUGCCAGUUUGUGUGCAUAGCACAGCAGGAUUACUGCUGUAUCCUGAAUCAGGUGGAGAAGAACAUGCAGAAGGUGGAGGAGGAAGGAGAGAUCGUCAUGGUGAAGGAACAUCGCGAGCUCGACCGCACUGGCACCAGGAAAGGACAUAUCGUCAUCAAGGGCACACCAGAGCGUUUGACCAUGCACCUGGUAGAGGAACACUCUGUGGUUGACCCUACCUACAUAGAAGACUUCCUGCUCACCUACCGCACCUUUCUGUCCAGCCCCAUAGUGGUAGGCAAGAAAUUGCUGGAGUGGUUUCAUGACCCCAGCCUCAGGGACAAGGUUACACGGGUAGUCUUGCUGUGGGUGAACAAUCACUUCAAUGACUUUGAGGGUGAUCCAGCGAUGACACACUUUCUUGAAGAGUUCGAGAACAAUCUGGAGAGGGAGAAAAUGUGUGGGCACUUAAGACUGUUAAACAUAGCAUGCGCUGCCAAAGCCAAGCUGCGUGUGGUCACCCUUACUAAGCCAUCGAGAGAAGCCCCUCUGGCCUUCACUCUGCUCGGGGGCUCUGAAAAAGGCUUUCGCAUCUUUAUUGACAGCGUGGAACCAGGCAGCAAAGCCGCUGAGGCAGGCCUCAAACGGGGAGACCAGAUCCUGGAGGUGAAUGGGCAAAACUUUGAGAAUGUGCAGCUUUCCAAAGCCAAUGAGAUUUUGAAGAACAACACCCACCUGUCCAUUACUGUGAAAACAAACCUCCUAGUGUUUAAGGAACUGCUCACCAGACCAGACCAGGACCCAGAACACGACCAGGAGGAUGAACCUGACCGGAAAAACGGAGCGCCGCACAUCCCUAAGAUAGGAGACAUCAAAAAGGCCAGCCGCUACUCCAUUCCUGACUUGGCCGUGGACGUGGAACAGGUCAUGGGUCUGGAGAAGGCCAGCAAGAAGGCCAAACCCAAUACCGUGGGCGGGCGGAACAAACUGAAGAAGAUCUUCGACAAAACUCUUACCAGUAUUCUACCGCCCAAGCCAUACAAUGAUGUUGCAGUGGGCCAGUCCCAGGAUGACAGUAUCGUUGGACUAAAACAGUCCAAACAGAUUCCUCCUGCUCUCCCAGUCAGUGGAAACCUCUCGUCCAGUAACCCUGACCUGCUCCAAUCUCACCACCGCAUACUGGACUUCAACAACCAGCCAGACAUGUCAGACCAGGUGCUGAGGGUGUUUAAGGCCGAUCAGCAGAGCCGAUAUAUAAUGAUCGGGAAGGACACCACGGCCAAGGAGGUGGUGGCUCAGGCCAUUCGGGAAUUUGCCCUGACGGCCGCUCCAGAGGCCUACUCCCUGUGUGAGGUGUCGGUCACGCCUGAAGGUGUCAUUAAACAGCGGCGGUUACCUGAGCAGCUUUCCAAACUGGCCGACCGUAUCCAGCUGAGUGGCAGGUACUACCUGAAAAGCAACAUGGAGACGGAGACGCUGUGUUCGGAUGAGGAUGCGCAGGAGCUGUUGCGGGAGAGUCAAAUUAACCUGCUGCAGCUGAGUACGGUGGAGGUGGCCACACAGCUCUCCAUGCGAGCCUUCGAACUCUUCUGUGCCAUCGAGCCCACUGAAUACAUCGAUGACCUGUUCAAGCUCCGCUCCCGCACCGGCUCCUCCAACCUUAAAUGCUUCGAGGAGGCCAUAAACCGCGAAACCUUUUGGGUGGCGACGGAGGUAGUGCGUGAACCCAACCAGCUGAAACGUAUGAAGACCGUCAAACAUUUCAUCAAGAUCGCCCUGCACUGUCGAGAGUGCAAGAAUUUCAACUCCAUGUUUGCCAUUAUCAGUGGUUUGAACUUGGCGCCGGUGUCAAGAUUGCGUGGAACGUGGGAGAAGUUGCCCAGUAAAUACGAAAAGUUGUUCAGCGACCUGCAGGACCUGUUUGAUCCUUCUCGAAACAUGGCCAAGUACCGUAACGUUCUCAACAGCCAGAAUCUCCAACCACCAAUCAUCCCUCUCUUCCCAGUGAUCAAGAAAGAUCUCACCUUCCUCCAUGAAGGUAAUGACUCAAAAGUGGAUGGUCUGGUGAACUUUGAGAAGUUAAGAAUGAUCGCUAAGGAGAUCAGACACGUGGGUCGCAUGGCUGCUGUAAACAUGGACCCAGCUCUAAUGUUCAGAACCAGGAAGAAGAAAUGGAGGAGCCUGGGGUCCCUGAGCCAGGGCAGUGCCAAUGCUGCAGUGCUGGAUGUGACUCAGACAGGCGGGCAUAAGAAACGUGUGAGGAGAAGUUCCUUCCUCAAUGCAAAGAAGCUGUAUGAGGAUGCACAGAUGGCACGUAAGGUCAAACAGUACCUGGCCAACCUGACCCUGGAGACCAACGAAGAAAGCCUGCAGACACUAUCACUGCAGUGUGAACCCUCAGUCAACACACUGCCCAAGAGUUCGGGAGACAGGAAAAGGCCAGACACGUCUCCGGUGGUGUCACGGGCAGCCACUCACCAGCGCCAGCAGCUGCAGAAAGCAAAUCAGGCGCUGCAGGUGCCUGCCGUCGCCCUCUACCCGUCCCGCAAGAAAGUGCCCGUCAAAGACUUGCCUCCCUUUGGCACUAGCUCACCACAGUCUCUGAAGAAGAUCCUGUCACUGUCAGAGGAGGCCAGUGAGAGACACAGGAGACAGGCAGAGGACACAGUGUCAAACGCCUCCUCACAGCUCUCCUCUCCACCCACCUCCCCACACAGUUCCCCCAAGAAAGGUUACGGACGGGCAGGAGAUAACCUGUCAGAUUCGGGUCACAGUGAGAUCUCGUCACGCUCCAGCCUGGUGAGCACCUCCUCUCUGGACAUGGCCCAAGACGAGCGGAGGCAGCGGCUGGCGGGGGGCAUCGGGGACGGUCACGGUGGGGUCCACCGUCUGGAACGCAGGGCCACGGCCGACCCUGACCAGUACAGUCUGGGCUCAUACUCAUCCAUGCAGGAUUGUCGUGGUCUGUACGCUGGUGCAACUGUCCUCUCCUCUCCUAGUUCAGAGGAGCUGACGCAGGACCAGGGCGACCGCGUCUCGCUGGAUGCCGCUGACUCUGGACGGGGCAGCUGGACCUCCUGUUCCAGCGGUUCCCACGACAACAUCCAGACCAUGCAGCAGGGGCGGAGCUGGGAGGCUCUGGCUGAGGGGGCGGGGUUGUGGGCGGCACGAGGCAGCUGGGCGUCGGCCUGCUCUUCCUCCUCGUCUUCGGCAGCAUGUUGGGGGGAGGAUUCUGAAGGCGACACGGGGACGAUCAAACGGCGCGGGGGCAAAGACGUGAACACAGACCCCGAGACCAGCAGCAUAACGUCCACAGGCUCUGAAGAGUCCAAGCAGCAAAGCCGCCGCCCCUCACCCAUCACCGCCGGCAACGCCAAGGGCGUUAUCACGCGUAAGGAUGGUCGUUACAGGGAUCCCCCACCCACUCCUCCAGGCUACACGGCUCUCACCAUCUCAGACUUCACUGAGGGUCAAGCCCACUCAGGCCGGAGACCACCGGACUACACCACCGCUCUUCAACGCUCACGCCUCGUCACCCAGUCCCCAGACUCCCAGCAACCUCCUGCUGGCAAGCCCACGCCACCAGACCCUCGCGGUCGGCCACUGCUGUCGCGAUCGGGAGCGGGAAGGGAAGAGGAAGGAGAGGAUGAGGAGGAGGUAGAGGAGGAAGAGGAGGGUGAGUGCUUGUCUCCCAAACUCAGAGCUCAAAGGAGGAGAGGGCCACAUACAGCAGUGCCCCCCAGGCCAUGAGUUAGACACACGACUCGCCAGGCAGAGGAUGAACAGGUGUCAGCUGUCUGAAAGGGGACACUGGUCUGUCGGACAUUGCUGGAGUGACUGGAAGCCCCAACGUAAGGGCCGCACACAAGACAAAGACAGUCAGAUGGUCAGACUGAUCAAUCCACAUCUCACUGGCGCUGCCUGUCUCUCACCCUUUUGGUGGAUUCAUCUCCCUUC